CGUCGCUGGUGUUAUCGUUGAUGAUCCCAGCGCUCAUUUACCCGCCACAGAAUUCAAGGAAGCUUUCGCUUUGUUCGAUAUAGAUGGCGAUGGCUCGAUCACUACCAAAGAGCUCGGCACCGUGAUGCGCUCAAUAGGUCAAAAUCCUACCGAAGCAGAGCUACAGGACAUGAUCAACGAGGUUGACGCUGAUGGGAACGGUACCCUCGACUUCACAGAAGAGGACGAGAUUAAAGAGGCGUUUAAAGUGUUUGAUGAGGACGGGAACGGUUAUAUCAACCCUGCUGAGCUGAGACAUGUCAUGAUGAACCUGGGCGAGAAAUUGACUGAAGCUGAGGUCAAUGAAAUGAUUCGUGAGGCAGACAUCGAUGGCGAUGGCCAGAUCAAUUAUGAUGGUUCAAACCUGACCUAUCGAAAGAUGAUGCUAUCGAAGUGAUGUGGAAUGCGUCAUGUACAAUAAAAUAUACUUCAGCAUUCUACUUACUCUUGUCUUUCUCUGCGCAAGUGACUCGAUCUAGAGUUGCAUAUUAACGUUCAACGUUCAAUUGCUAAUGUCAAAUGAA